AAAAGAAAAAACUGGGGACAGUAUUCAAACCAGAGUAACAUGUCCAUCUUUAUUGACUCAACAAAUUCAUUGGAAACCUUGAUUAAGUGCUCAUAAAAGGAGUAAAAAGUGGAGCCAAAAGUCAAAAUUCAAGAGAGCAAAGUCCUCAAUCAUUUCAAUGGAGCCGGUUGUUCACAUGCUACUUAAGGGCUUGCUAUUAAAAUAAAAUUCACAAAGGGAAAACUUCUCAGGUUUGAGGAGAGUUCAAACAGAGGGGCAUUAGCAUACAAUGAGUACUGCAAGUGCAGCAACAGCAGCAGCCACAUCUACAGCUCAAACAAGAUUCAUAAAAUGUGUUACAGUAGGAGAUGGAGCUGUUGGGAAGACUUGUCUCCUUAUCUCUUACACUACCAACACUUUUCCAACUGAUUAUGUUCCUACUGUUUUUGAUAACUUUAGUGCCAAUGUUAUGGUUGAUGGGCAGACUGUGAAUUUGGGUCUCUGGGAUACUGCUGGUCAGGAAGACUAUAACAGGUUGAGGCCUCUAAGUUACAGAGGAGCUGAUGUGUUUAUUCUUGCUUUCUCCCUCAUUAGUAGGCCUAGCUAUGAGAAUGUAACAAAAAAAUGGCUCCCAGAGCUGAAACAUUAUGCCCCAGCAGUGCCCAUUGUUCUUGUGGGAACAAAACUAGAUUUAAGAGAAGAUAGACAGUUCCACUUGGACUAUCCAGGGGCAUCAACUAUUUCUACAGAACAGGGUCUUGAACUAAAGAAACAAAUAGGAGCACUGGCUUACAUAGAGUGCAGCUCCAAGACACAACAGAAUGUGAAAGCUGUAUUUGAUGGUGCAAUCAAGGUGGUUGUCCAGCCUCCAAAGCAAAAGAAGCAAAAGAAAAGACCAAGUGUAUGCCGUGUUCUUUAAAAUAAACACCCUUUUGGGACAACAGUGUCAAGUUGACGAUGAUGGUUCUCCUCUUACUAUUCUCUCCAUAUGCUUGUCUUGUUCUUGCUUGUUACAUUUUUCUUUUGUGUUGAUUCCGUCAAUUAUAACCCCAUUUAUUUAUCACCUUCAAGAACUCAACGGAUGUUUUGGGUUCUGUAAAUUGGCUGCUUAUUGGAAUGAUUUGAGGGCAUUGUCA